GUCGUCACACACGACGCCAGGAUACCCCAGGCCAUGUCCGGCAUUAAUCUUAAUUCAUGGAGCGAGAAUGCGACUCGCCUCCAGAUGCGCCUCCAAGAAACACUUUCUGAACAUACCAAAGACUUUGCGCUCACACGCGCAAGCAGCGCCACCUACUUCGAUGCCGGCGAAGACAAAGUGAAGAACAUCGGACGCCAACUUGACUCCAAUAGUGAUCGCGAGAAACUGGAUGCUAUGAAACGUCUUAUCGCAAUGAUCUCCAAAGGACGAGACGUUUCCGAGUUCUUUGCGCAAGUGGUGAAGAAUGUCGCGGUACCAAAUCUCGAAGUCCGUAAACUGGUCUAUAUCUACCUUUCGCGCUAUGCAGACGCCGAACCAGACCUUGCGCUACUUUCCAUCAAUACCUUCCAACGGGAUCUCGCAGAUAGUUCGCCACUGAUCCGUGCCAUGGCUCUUCGCGUGCUCUCUGGAAUCCGAGUUCCAAGUAUUGGAAGUAUUGUGGUUCUGGCGAUCAAGAAAUGUUCUGCAGAUGUCAGUCCGUAUGUGAGGAAGGCGUCGGCACUAGCAAUUCCUAAAUGUUAUUCACUCGACAACUCACACCUCUCUUCCCUGCUCCCAAUACUUUCCACGCUCCUUCGCGACCGCUCGCCACUCUCCAUAGGAAGUACCGCUGCUGCCUUCGAGACAAUCUGCCCGACCCGUUUAGACCUGGUACAUCCACACUAUCGCCGCCUAUGCCGUCUUCUGGUGGAUGUAGACGAAUGGGGGCAGAUUGAAUUGUUGGACUUAUUGACAAGAUACGCGCGAACGAUGUUGCCACGACCUGGAAUGAUAGAUGGAAGAGAGGAGGUAGAUAAGGACCUCCAAUUGCUCCUGGUGGCGGUAGAGCCGCUAUUCCAGUCGAGGAACCCAGCGGUUGUGCUCGCUGUCUGCAGGACCUUCUUUUACUUGUCCCUCCCUUCUCAACAUACAAAAAUUGUGCGACCCCUUCUCCGUCUCUUAGACGUAUCGCCACAAGUAGAACGCAUCGUGUUGUCAUACAUCCUUUUGAUUGCACAUGCUUCGCCAGACCUAUUCUCCCCAUACUAUACUCACUUCCUCGUCCGAGCCGACGACAGUAAACAAGUGAAGGCGGAGAAGAUACAGCUUUUGAGAAUGUUCACCAACCUGGACAAUUAUCAGGCCCUUUUGAGAGACUUCAUCGAUUACGCAGACGACGUGGAUGAUGAGCUUGUGUCUGGAUCAAUACGCGCAAUUGGCCAAACAGCACGACUAAUCCCUGAGUCAGCACAACAGUGUCUUAACGCGCUAAUGACGUUCAUCAAAAGUCGACACGAUGUGGUCGUGGCAAAUGCUAUUCUUGUGUUGAAGUCUCUCGUGCAGACUCAACUUCAUACCGUACCUUCAUAUUCUUCGUCAUCAUCGACACCUUACACGAUCAUCGAACGUCUCGCAUACAAAGUUGACGAAAUCCGUCACCCUCAAGCCAGAGCUUGUUUAUUAUGGUUGGUAGGGCAAUAUGCUGCAGCGGAUGAAGGGGAGACGACCGUAGUAGAGGGCAUCAAAGACUGGGCUCCAGAUGUCCUUCGAAAGGUGGCGAAGUCCUUCCGCGAGGAAACGCCCACCGUCAAAAUUCAAGCAACUACCCUCGCUUCUAAACUCCUUGUACUCUGUCCAGCAAACAAGACACUCAUCAUGCUCUCUCACUAUGUCUUUACCCUCGCUCGCUACGACAGAAAUUACGACGUACGAGAUCGUGCAAGAAUGUUAAGCGGACUUCUUGCCGGAGUCGUUCCCUCUUUGCAGAACCCCAAUACCACUACCUCAUCCACUGUGGCGCCAUCGAGGUGGGAUCAGGGCGAGGAUGUCGAUAUAAAUCCAACUGAGAAUGGGGCCACGGUGGGUGGGGUGGUAUUGCGGAGAGAGCAAGUUAGAGUCAUUCUGUUCGAAGGCAAAAUGGGUGUCGUCGAGAAAGAUGACUACAUCGACGACGAUCGCACCGUCCUCGGAACUCUCACCCGAAUCACCGGCCGCGAAAUGCGAGGCGAACGAAUGUUACCCGACUGGAUUGAACAAGGCGUCGAUUCUUCGCUUCGCGAUUCUCCAGAUGAGGUCAUCGCCGUGCAGCCAGCCACUCCCAGCGCAUUCGGAAAUUAUGCGUCUCCUAACUCUACUAAUUCGAGAGGCAUGGCCGGGUUUGGUGGCGGUAACAUCGGCGGAGGUCGAGGAGGCGGGGGGCCGGUUAUUCUCACACCUACGAGUCCGUCACCUGUAGUGAGUGGUGGUGGAGAUGGCGAUGGGAAGAAGAAGGGGGCAUGGCAGGAUUUGGAAUCGUUCUAUGCGGAAGAGGGACGAGAGGACGAAGAAAGCGAGGAGGAGAGUGAAGAGGAAAGUGAAGAAGAGGACGACGACGACGACGACAAGGACGAUGAGGAGGACGAAGAAAGUGUGAAUGAAGGAGAUGAAAACGCCCACACCGAGCAAGAUGCGAAACGCGAUGGCUCGGAAAGUAGCCAUGAUGAAGAGGAGGGGUCAGAGGACAAUGAAAGAGAUGGGUUAAUGGAGCAUUCAUGAUCGACCGAAAACA